AUGUCCGUUUUGCCUUCGUCAGAGCCUCUCAAGGCUGUCCAGCUCGAUGGUUUGGUCGUGUUGAAGAUUAUCAAGCAUUGCCGUGAGUCUUACCCCAGCGAUGUCACUGGCCAAUUGCUCGGUUUGGAUGAGAAGGGUAUCCUUGAAGUGACCAACUGCUUCCCUUUCCCUGCUGAUUGCGAUGAGAAUGCAAGUGCACAAUAUCAACUCGACAUGAUGCGAUGCUUGCGUGCAGUGAACGUUGACAACAACACAGUUGGAUGGUAUCGAUCAUCGCAUCUCGGCAACUUUGUGGAUAUCAGCUUGAUCGAUACUCAAUACAAUUAUCAAAAGUCGCUUGGUGCACAAUCUGCUGUUAUCGUACACGAUGUAUCCAAGAGCGCUGCUCAAGGCAACCUCAGCUUGCGUGCCUUCCGUUUGACUGAUGCUUUCAUGAAACAAUACGAAUCCAACAAAUUCACCACUGAAAGUCUCGCCAAGUCCAAGUUGUCUUUCACCAAUAUCUUUGAAGAAUUACCUGUUCAAGUCCACAACUCGCACCUUGUUACAAUGAUGCUUCACAACCUCGAAAUGCCAAAGCUUGAUGCUAGUGCUCUCCGUACUCCCGCCACCUUCACCUCGACACAAGCCGACAUCGAAAAGGCCAAGGCCUUGUCCCCCAACUUUGACGUCCUUGAUCUUGAGCUCGAUCCUUUCAUGCAAAAGAACCUCGAAUACCUCUUAGAUUGCAGCGAUGUCCAACAACAAGAAUUGAACAACUACCAAUACUGGCAACGUAGCGUGGCUCGUGAACAAGUCAAGAUUCAAGCAUGGCUCACCAAGCGGAGACAAGAGAAUGCUAUUCGUGCUGAAAAGGGACAGGCACCCUUGCCUGAGGAUGAGGUCAAUACAUUGUUCAAGCUUCCCACUGAACCAAGCCGUUUGGAUUCGAUGAUUCUUACAGCACAAAUGCACAACUUCACCAAGCAAUUGAAUCAAUUCGCAGGACCCAGCCUUACUAGAUUGUACAGCAUCCAGGAAUUGCAAAAGUAA